UUUGUCCCCGCGGUCCGCCGUCUAUAGAGUCUAAGUUCAAGUGAGAAGAAGUUGGGCUCGGGCGCGCGCGUAAUUUUUGCAUCGGCAUUCAGGUUGACUACUCAGCUCGUGUGGUGCUGCGCUGAGAAGCGUGCAAUAUCCGUGUAGGACUGCGAUACUACUGUCCUGGCUCUUGACGGACUCCCCACCCAGGGAUCUCGGCAAAACCGGACGCGCGAGGGCUUGCGAACCUGUGGGUCAUCUUCGUUGGGUUUGGUGUGUGCGUGCGUUGAGUCUCUAUGCCGUCUUAAUUGGAUGAUCUAACUCUUAGUAGUGCGUGUUAAUUCGGUUACGAAGUGUAUCGCGUGUGAUAUUCGCCAAGGGAGACGACGAGCCACUGAUAGUGAUAGAAGAUCCCCAGAAAAUUGGCGAAACCGUGUGAUUCAUGAUAAUUUUUCUUUCAGCUCGAAAGCGAAAGGCUCGAAUUGUUCGUAAAUCAAGUGUGAAUUAUGAUGUGUUGAGAAAGUGAAUCGAUUCGUAUGCUUCAGUGGUAACAACAAAUCAACAACUCUGAUUUGUUUUCAUAGGAAGAGCGUUACGCAAAAAUUCAAAAAGUUAAUCCAUUAGCAUAUUGAGUUUCCCACACAUUGCGACAAAAUGGUUCGUCUACUAAUUCUGCUGCUGUGUAUAUCCAUAACAACUACUCAGAAGCCAGGCAGCUUUAAUUUCAAAGAGAAAGGUUUCAAGAGCAAUCAUAACUACGACGUGGAUCCUCAAGUGCUCGAGAUUCAACGGCAGAAUCUGAUAACGCAGAAAAUCCUACAACGCUACCUCGAGCGGCGAUUACAUCCGGAGCGUAAGCCCCAGAUUCGUGUGCCAUCGGUGGACGAAAUCCUGCUGAAAUCGCUCCCGUCCGGUUCGGUGCGGGACGUCCGGCAGCAGAAUGCCACUCUAAGUGGCAACCCAUUGCUGAAAGGGGCCGACAGUCGGUAUAGUCUGUUCAGCGAUGCAUUGGAUGGGGACGAAGAAUCGAUUCAGCAGCAACGUCACCGGGGACAAACCGACGACGAGGACUACGAUGACGCCGAGGGGGAUUUGGAUCAGUAUGAGGAUCUGGGGGGCUCGUUGGAUAAUGAUCACAUUGACAUUGAAUCGCUGCAGUCGGGCGAAUCGGAGCACGUUGAUUCGUUCUAUCGGGACAAGUCCUACCGGCAGAGAGCUUCCCAGCUUUCAGAUUGUCCCAACUGUGUUGAAGAUUCCAGCGCCCCAACGAGGUGGACGAUGCCACUGUUAAAACUGGGCGAAAAGAGGUACUAUCUUAGCAUUUUCUUCAAGGCUAACUGGUUCAAAGCCCUGCAGUACUGCCGAUAUCAUGGAAUGCAGCUCGCCAGCAUUCAGUCACAGGAGGAGAACGAUCGACUGGAGAAAUAUGUCAAGGAUUAUGGUCUAGCCGCAGAACACUUCUGGACGUCCGGAACCGAUUUGGCAGAAGAAGGCAGCUUCUUCUGGAUUUCGAACGGACGACCACUGUCCUUCACCAACUGGAACGCCGGAGAACCCAACAACUUCCGGUACGAAAACGGCGAAGAGGAACAUUGCUUAGAGCUAUGGAAUCGCGACGGGAAAGGGCUUAAAUGGAACGACACACCGUGUAGUUUUGAAACGUAUUUUAUCUGUGAGGUUUAAGGAUGCAGUGGUUAUCAGAAUAGAUAGGGAUGAUGGUUGCAUACACUUGCCUGGAAGAAAUUUCAGUAUUGAAUCCUAGAUUUACGUUCUACGUACACGCCACUAUUGCACUUAUCGUCUGUUUCAGUAAAGAUAACAUCGUGCCAUGACCAGUGAAGCUUGGCAGUUCAUAUUUUUAUCAUUCGUACUCAUUUGUUUAGAUUGUUGCUCAAUUUCUUGUUAUUUCUCACUUAUCAUUAACAUCAAAAUACGUAUCCUUGAUUCCAAAACUUACUUUACUUUAAACACAGAACAAAACGUCAAGAAAUACUAAAGAAUAACUAUUACGAGUUCUAAAUAUUUUUUUUAGUCAAAUUAUUAUGUCAAAGAAAUCAUUGCCUGUAGUUUCUUUUCGCUGUAAAAAUUACUUUUGCGCAAUCAAUCUUUUGAUUCUAAAGUCAGUAUUUUACAUAACUUUGAAAUGUCAUUAGACAAUUAUUCUAUCGUUAUGAAUUGUUUCAAACAAAAUGCAAACAGGAAAUUAACAGAUUCAACGGCAAGCAACAAGUUUUACAUUUUAACUACCUAACCAGCACAGUUGUCUUACACAAGUUUCUGUGACACUUGUACGACUAUAUCAGAUCAUAUUUAAGUCACUGUAACCAAAUCGCACACGAAAAAAUCGUUUCCGAAUUCGUGAACCAGCAUACAUGCGCCGUGAUUUAUGUUAUGGAUUCGGGACUGGUGUCGCAUUUUCCAGAAAGUUCUAGAAAACGUGACUGCUGUUCCCGAAGCCAUGACUCAAAAUACACCGUGAACUUGCUAGUUCACGAAUUCAUGAACGCUUUUCCUUUGCGUGCGUCCUGAAUUGUGCUGCUAGGGUAUGGACAUUGCCUAGAAUUUCUCGCCCCAAGCAAGACAAUGCUGAGGGUGAUUGGGUUCGAUUAACGAUAAGCGGUAAUUUGGCUUAGAAACCUCGUAGUUAGUAAAUUCAACACUUAACACUCGAGCACGCGCGUUAUUGUAUUUUGUACAACACCGCCAAACGAGCCUGCAUGAGCGUUCCAGGACAACGCGCGUACUGAACGGUUAAUGAACACUAAGCUGCGAGAGGCAAUGUCCUAGUGGGGGAUGUAAUGCCAAUGAAGACGAAGAAGUGAGAUAAGCGGUUACCAUUAUAUAAAAAUAAGUGUGGAUGAUGGAAAUAUAUUCAAUUAGCCAAAGCUUGCAAAACUAAACAUAUUUUGAAUCAUCUUUUCUAAAGUACUCUGACGUUAGAAAUGUAUGCAUUUCACACACACAUCAUUUCCUUUCUACGGGAUAAUUGCUAAUGCCAUCUAAAUCUCUAAAUCAAAAGUGUGUUCAAGAAAUUGUUAUUCAUCUUUCAAACUGUUCAUACUUCAAAUCAUCAUUCUUAUCUAUAGUGUUUGUUCCCUAAUGUUAAGUGUACAUUCGUAAACCAGAGCCAAUUUCAAAGAUGCAAGUCUGUUAAAACUUUUAUACGAUAAGACACGAUAUACCUUAGCCUGUUCUUUAACUUAAUACAAACCAUUGAGACAUUUUACAUCAAAAUAUAGCAUUAAGUCGAUCAAUUUUGUAAAAAUGUAAAAAAAAUAUUUAUGCAUGAAGAGAUUCUACAUCGAAGCAGUAAUGACUUCGUUGUACCAGUGAAUAAGCUCUAGGUUAAUAAUUGUGGUAAAAUAGGUUUAAGAAAUCUGAGCGUGAACAUAUUUUACUCUCAUUUGCCGGCCAGAGUGUAAUAAAACUAGAAACAAAGUCAGAACUAUU